UUGCGUUUACAACGCACCAGCUUGCAGUACAGAGAGGAGGCAAUGAGCAGCGGGGUGUGGUUUCCUACUCUGGGGCUGGUGGCCUGGCUGUGCUGCCUCAGUCUGGGGCCCGUUCAGGGGGGGAAGGUGCUGGUUAUGCCUGUGGAUGGGAGCCACUGGCUUAGCAUGAAGAUAUUGGUGAAGGAGCUCAGCCACAGGGGCCAUGAGGUCUUGGUGCUGGUGCCUGAAAACAGCCUGCUGAUCCAAGGCUCUGAGAGUUACAAGACUGAGAUCUACCAAGUGUCCUAUACCAAAGCUGAACUGGAUGACAGUUUCAAAAACCUGAAGGCUGAUCUGUUCAUCAAGCCACCAGAAAUCACAGAUUUGUUCAUCAAUAUUUGGCGUUUGGUUAACUUUACUUCAAUCCAGGUGAAAGGUUGUGAGAGUUUGCUGAACAACAAACCUCUGAUGAGUCAACUAAGAGGAGAGGGCUUCGAUCUUCUGCUUACGGACCCCUUCCUUCCCUGCGGCUCCGUCCUGGCUCAGAUUUUUUCCAUUCCAGCUGUUUAUUUCCUGCGUGGACUUCCGUGUGAGCUGGAUUUAAAGGCUAACCAGGUCCCUUCUCCUCCUUCCUAUGUUCCUGUGUUCUUCUCUGGUAAUACAAACAGCAUCAUGACCUUCCCACAGAGAGUCAAAAACGUGGUCAUGUCUAUUUUGGAGUCCUAUCUGUGUAAAAUAAUAUAUGUCCACUUUGAUGAACUGGUCAGCAGGCAUGUCUCUGACACCAUGACCUACAAGGACCUUCUUAGUCAUGGUGCUCUCUGGCUUCACAGAUAUGACUUUACUUUUGAGUGGCCCAGACCUCUCAUGCCAAACAUGGUUUUAAUUGGAGGUAUCAAUUGUGCAAAGAAAGCUCCUCUGCCAGCGGACUUGCAGGAGUUUGUGGAUGGCUCAGGAGACGACGGCUUUAUUGUCUUUACCCUGGGCUCACUGGUGUCCAGCAUGCCUGAGGAGAUCGCUAAACGGUUCUUUGAUGCCUUUCGGCAAAUUCCUCAAAGGGUUGUGUGGAGAUACACUGGAGUCCUACCAGAAGAUGUACCCAAGAACGUCAGAAUCAUGAAAUGGUUACCUCAGAAUGAUCUCCUAGCCCAUCCCAAAGCAAAAGUCUUCAUCACACACGGAGGCACCCACGGUAUCUACGAGGGUAUUUGUAACGCUGUACCCAUGUUGAUGUUUCCACUGUUUGGGGACCAGGGGGACAACGUGCAUCGCAUGGUGACCCGCGGUGUUGCAGAGAAACUCGCCAUUUAUGAGGUGACAACUGAAAAACUAUUGGCCGCGCUAAAUAAAAUCAUCCAUGACAAAAGUUACAAAGAGAAGAUAGUCACGCUGUCUCAAAUACACCUGGACCGUCCGGUUGAGCCUUUGGAACUGGCUGUUUUCUGGACUGAGUUCGUCAUGAGACACAAAGGAACCCCACACCUACGGGUAGCUGCACAUGACUUGAACUUGAUUCAGUACCAUAGCUUGGAUGUCAUAAGCUUUUUGGUCAUCAUUUUCUUUACUGUUCUGUGGGUAACACUCAAAUGCUGCUUGUUUUGCACCCGCAAGUGUUGCAGAAAGGAGACUACAAAGAGAAAGCAAUCGUAGUGUUUGUAAUGCAACAUUCAAUAGGUUUUAGGAGGUUGAAACACUGCAAUGACAUUUAAACUUAUGUACUGUGUGUGUGUGUGUGUGUGUGUGUGUGUGUACAGUACUAAGUGUAAAAUCUCAGAUAUAGUGUCAUUAAUGCAAUAUGUCUUUAACAUAUGUAUAUCUGGCAAUGACUGAAUGAAAUUAUCCCCUGGAAACAAAUAAAAUUAUUUUAACUUUG